CGCGCGGCGAGGGAAAGCUGAGACUCAACUUGCAACUUGCACCUUAGAACUUGUAGCUUUUACCAAAAAAAAAAACUGAUGACACUUAUCUCAAUGACCCCCAUUUAACGUCAACCACCCAAGCUUACUUGGCUUCUACUGAGAAAGUAAAUCUUAAACCCAACCCCAUCUUCCUUAUUUCUUCCUUUCGUUUUAUCUUGGGAGAAUAGAAAGGUGGAUAUCAUUGAAUAAUUCAUUAGUUAUCGUUUACUUUAAUAGCUCCCUCUUAUCUCUCUUGUCUUUGUAAUAACAGCUGUCUACUAUCCCUAUCCCGACCACGAUCCUGAUUCCGAUCCCGACCCCUACCCCUUUCAUCGACCACCCCUCCUCGUUACUUAUCUCCUCGAGUUUCACUCGGGGCGUUAAAGCAAGAACAUUGUCAUGACAUCCACGAUAACGCCUAAAAUCACGAAACCAUGAGGGUCAGGAGAGCUUCUGGGGCGUCGGCCUCAGUAUGGUCGGCUAUCCUCCUCUUAACUUCUCUAUUAUGGACGGCUUCGAUGGUUCGCGCUGAGGAUGGACCGACCAUUGUCGCAACCGAAUUCAAGGAUCCUCCUAGCAGCCUUAGCUACUUCAAGGACUCCAAUGUCAUCUUGUUUCAAGAAGCCUAUGGACGGACCAUUUGGCGAUCAGCUGACGGCGGUACUACUUGGUCUAAGGCUGAAGGAAUCGAACAUGAGAAGGCUGUUGCCCUGGUCAUGCAUGAAUACGAUCCGAAUCGCGCCUACGUUUUGACUGCUAGCGAUACUCACUGGAAGACUCACGACAGAGGCGAAACGUGGCAGACCUUCUCUACCGGCGCAUACACGAGCGAUUUCGCUGACUCUAUCGGUCGAUGGAUGAAAUUCCAUGCUGAUGACCCCGACAAGAUUCUGUUUACCGGUAUGGAAUGUGAGGGUCUCUGUGAGGAGCUUGUCAUGUACACCACAAACGGCUUUGAGGACAAAGCCAAGGCCCUACGCAGGCGCACUCAGGCUUGCUGGUGGGCCAAGUCUUCACCACUUUUCACAACAGGUCAGGAUGAGUUGGACAAACAGAGAAUAUUGUGCAUCAUAAGGGGCGGCAUAUUCUCCCCUCAGUCAGCUAACCGACUCUUGAUAUCCGAUAACUUCUUUGCCCAAGGACCCGAUGGAAUUAUCCAGGAAUUCGAGCCUAAUUUGAAUGGUGAAGGUGCCGUUGAGGGUAUCGUAAGCAUAGUCGAGGUCAAGAAAUAUCUUUUAGUAGCCGUUACCUCCCGGAAUACAGCAGAGAUGGCCCUCUACGUGAGUGGUGACACUUUGAAGUGGCAUCGUGCCAUUUUCCCUCACGACCACCCGCUCCUCGAAGCCUCGUAUACUGUAUUGGAAAGCACCAACUAUAGUGUUCAGAUCGAUGUUAGAUCAAGCAGACGGAUGUCUAAACCGAUGGGUACCCUGCUGACUAGCAAUUCGAACGGUACAUAUUUUACGAGAAACAUUGAGCACACAAACCGCAAUAUGGAGUCAUAUGUCGAUUUCGAGAAAGUCUCCGAUAUCCAGGGCAUUUAUUUGGUUAAUCAGGUGGACAACUGGAAAGAAGUAGAGGAAGACCAGGACGAGAAGAAGAUUAAGACAAAGAUCACCUUUGAUGACGGCAGAACAUUUGAACUCAUCAAGACAGGCGACGACGAAAUUCAUUUACAUUCCGUCACAGAAAUUAGCAACGUCGGCCCCGUCUUCUCGAGCCCUGCCCCAGGUCUAAUAAUGGGCAUUGGAAACCAUGGCAGUCAUUUAAAGGGGUACUGGGAUUCGCGUCUCUAUAUAUCAGACGAUGCUGGCAGAACCUGGAUCGAGGGUCCCGAGGGUCCGCACAAAUAUGAGUUUGGCGAUCAGGGUUCCAUCCUUCUCGCCGUCAGAGAUAGCAAGGAAGCCGAUAUUAAGGAGAUUAGAUACUCCUUGGAUCAUGGCAAGAACUGGGACACUGCCAAAUUGCCAAAGGAUUUGAGCAUCCUUCCUUGGGCCCUGACAACCACUCAAGACUCGACCAGCCUGAAGUUUCUGCUUACUGCAAGAAAGGGGUCAAAGGCCUCACCAAAUGGAUUUUUUGUCAUCUCCAUUGACUUUGAAGGCUUACAUGAAAAUACUUGCAAGGAAAGCGAUAUGGAGGACUGGUUUGCGCGGGUAGAUGACGACGGCAAGCCAAGCUGUGUAAUGGGCCACACACAAAAGUAUCACAGACGUAAGAAGGAUGCAAAGUGCUUCAUCAAACAAGAGUUCAAGGAUCCUGUUCCUGAAUUUACGCCCUGUGAAUGCACGGACGCCGACUUUGAGUGUGAUUUCAACUUCGUGCGAGACGGCGAUGAAUGUAAGCCAGCUGGGCCUGUUGUGGUUCCCGAAGGCGCUUGCAAAGCUGAUGGGUCUGAUGAGACGUUCAUGGGAUCAUCCGGUUGGCGUCUCAUUCCCGGAAAUGAAUGUAAACGCUCUGGAGGUGACCAAAAAGACAAACAGAAGGAAUGGAAAUGUUCUGAUACCAAAACUCCACCGAAUGCCCCCAACAGCGAUGAGCCGGGACAUACUCAAUGGCCCUUUGAGGGUGAUUUCGACCGAUUCUCUAAGCAUUAUCUUGAACGUGGCGAAUCAAGUUCUGAAGGUGAUGAAACAAUACUCGCCUGGCCGUAUAGAGCUAGCACGGGCGAGGUUGGCGAUAUAUUUAUCACACAUGACCACGGAAAGAACUGGACGAAGGUGAAGCUGCCCGGAAAGGAAGGAGUUCAAGAUAUCAUCACCCACCCUUACGUCAAAGAUAUGGCAUUCUUCCUCACGAAGGAAAAUAAAGUCUUCUACACCGUCGAUCACGGACAACAUUUUGAUUAUUUCGAGCCACGAGAUCCGCCUGAUACCUCUUAUGACAGGGCGAUGCCCCUUGCUUUCCAUCCCGAUCAGAGAGACUGGCUUAUAUGGCAUGGAAAGAAGUGUCAUGGCAACGACUGUUAUCUGGAAGCGUCCCUGUCGAAGGACCGUGGCGAUAAUUGGCAGACAAUCAAGCGUUAUGUGAAGAAAUGUGAGUUCACUGGUUCAUCGGCAUAUAAAUUCCGCAACACCACACAAAUAGUUUGUCUCGCAAGCAAACGCGAAGACAACGAGAGCGACAACCCUCUUCAACUCCUGUACAGCGACGAGUUUCCAAGGUAUGAGAUGAGCGUGGCCUUGGAAAAUGUUAGCAAUUUCGCGACCAUGGCCGAGUUCAUCGUUGUCGCGACGGAAAACACGACGGACAGGUCGCUGAAUGCGCUGGCCAGCUUGAAUGGGCGGGAUUAUGCACCGGCUCGCUUCCCAUAUAACAUCGAUGUUCCACAUACGAAUGCAUAUACUGUUUUAGAAAGCUCAACCCACGCGGUCAAUCUGUUUGUCGUGACCGAGGAACAAGAAAAGCUGCGGUAUGGGUCAAUCCUCAAGAGCAACUCGAAUGGGACAUCUUAUGUAUUGAGCAUUGCGGGCGUGAACUGCGACGACAGCUAUUACGUAGAUUUCGAAAAGAUGCUCGGUCUAGAGGGUGUUGUGUUAGUCAACACGGUUGCCAACAGGGACAGCGACUCGGAGCCCAAGAAGCUCCAGACAAGGAUUAGCCACAACGACGGGGCCGAAUGGGGGUUCUUACCUCCUCCGGAACGGGACCUUGACGGCAAACCAUUCAGCUGCCAAAGCAAAAUCGGCCAUGCCUCGUGUGCUCUCCAUGUCCACGGAUAUACCGAACGAGUAGACGCUAGAAAGACGUAUUCGUCGGAGUCGGCAAUUGGUAUCAUGUUUGGCAUUGGCAACGUUGGCCCUUUCCUCGGCGAGGCUAAGGACGCUGAUACAUUCAUGACGACCGAUGCUGGACUCAGCUGGAAAAUGGUGAAGAGAGGGAGCUGGACGUGGUCUUUUGGUGACCAAGGGUCUAUCAUAGUUCUCGCACAAAGAAACACGAAAACCAAGUCGGUAUCAUACUCACUCGACCAAGGUGAUACCUGGAAAACCUACACCUUCUCGGAAGGCGAUGUUGUUAUCACUGAUAUAACGACGCUGCGGUCUGGUUCAUCUAGGAACUUCCUUCUCUGGGGUCACCAAGGAGACAAGCUUUUUACCGUGAAUCUCGACUUCUCAGGCCUGGCAAGUGAGACGUGCAAGGACGAUGAGGACAGAAACAAGUCUGACUACGAGCUAUGGUCUCCGGAGCAUCCAUUGCAGUCAAACCACUGCCUAUUCGGCCACAAGAACUACUACCUACGUAAAAAGAAGGACAGGAAAUGUUACAACGGCGGCAAACUUAACCAUCUAUACAGUGUCGAGAACUGCGAGUGCACUCGGCAAGACUUUGAAUGUGACUAUAACUUCGAACUGGACAAGCAUGGGCACUGUAGCCUUGUGGAAGGACUUACACCCCUGGAUCCCGUGCAGGUUUGCAAGGAAAACCCCGACGAGUUUGAGUACUACGAACCCAGCGGCUUCCGUCGAAUUCCCUUGACGACAUGCUCAGGGGGCUUCGAAGCGGACAAAGUACUCACGCCUCACCCUUGCCCUGGACACGAGGAAGAGUUCGAAAGAAAACGGGGGGUUUCGGGUGUAGGCCUCUUCUUUGCCAUUAUCAUCCCUAUCAGUUUGGCGGCAGCGGCUGGUUGGUGGGUAUACCGUAACUGGCGAGGGAAAUUUGGUCAAAUCCGGCUCGGAGAACAAAACGGGUUCGGCAGCGACGCGCCUUGGGUCAAAUACCCAGUGAUAGCAGUCUCGGGGGUGGUGGCUGUAGUCGGUGCAUUGCCCCUUCUAGCUGGCAGCCUAUGGCGUGUGGUAAGCUCAGCAUGGGACAGGGCCAGGAGCGGGAGAGACGGCGGUGGCCGUUAUGACUGGUUACGUGGAAAUAGCCAGCGGAGAUUUACGACUAGAGAUAGCUUUGCCCGAGGAAGAGGCGACUACGCGAUUGUAGACGAAGAUGAAGGCGAGCUUCUCGGCGAUGACAGCGACGAAGAAGUGUAAGGGAUGGAACAAGAGGUGGAAGCCCCCUUUUUUCUUUUAAAAUCGUGUUUGGAGUAGGAAGCAAAGGAGGUAUUCAAUGUAUUCUCAAGUCACAGAGAGGCGUAUUGGUAGGGGUUUGUUAGGAAAAAUCAUAAGUCAUAAUCUCAUGUAAAGGGUAGUAGGUAGCCUACCUGCCUACCUAUGUGCCUGGUUAUCCUAUGUACAUGUAGUGUAGUUUUAAGGCAGGAGAAGGACCUAGUUGUCGCCUUUGGGUGGCCUCUACUACUGUGUGCAACUUACACCCAUCCCAUCACUUGUAGCCAUUAGUAUAGAGGUGCCUAACCUAAGUAAGUGUGCAUUCA